AUGGCCAUCGUAGGCGGUGGCGCUAGCUGUUCCACCGGAAGUGGGGACGACGCGGCUAGCGAAGCAGACUCCGGAGUGGUCGUUUACAGCUCGGAAGCUAACGGAACUGCAAAUGCACCAAACAAUUCCUCUCCGUCAUGCACCCACACUCCCCCAACGCGUGAACAAUGCCCAGUAUGUGCUGCAGUACUUCACCAGAUUCCUGAUUAUGUUAAUGUCAACCGCCGUGCACAAGACUUCUGGCCAAAAAAUGUCGCUUUGGAAAAUCUGUUAUCCCGUAUUUCUGAUCCACUUAAGAAUGACAAAGAGGCAGAGCAAGAACCAGUUGAAUUCGCACCUGCAGAACAUUGUCAACUUUGCGAGAUUACUAACCAUGGCGGCGUAACUUAUCUAGCGUCGUCGAAUUGCCUGAUUCACAUGCGGCUGGUGGAGGAGGAUGCAUUGAAAUUGGACACGCCGCCUAGCAUUGCACCCCACAACGUUGAAAACGGCAAUGAUUGCCUUUUCACCGGCGCCGCUGGUGCCAAAUAA